AUUUAGUAGUCGCACAACAAAUAACGUUUUCUGCGGGCAACCACAGGAUGUUUCGGGUUGUGCGCCCACAAAAUGCAAUGGCCUGCUUUCUACUAAUGACAGUGACGUGUUACAUUUGUGUUCUUGUCAUUGUUCGCUUCAAACUUCCCAAGCAAUACACCCCGAGGGGUUUAAAUGAUCCGGCUAUUUAUCAUACUCUCAUGAAAGGGAAAAGUUGUUUCUCUCCACUCGCCUCCAUGCACAAGACGGUGUCAACCGCAAUUCCAGUUUUACCGGUCUGUUCAACCUCAAGCGUCAACAAACAAUUGGUGUGGAUGGAGAGAGGAGUUUUGCACAUCGCACCGGUAAAUGAUACAUCGAGAGUUUGCUCAGCUCUCCCCAUUUAUCGUAUUGAUGAUUACAAAUCGGUGUAUGGUGAGGGUAUCGAUGACGUAACUGAUGGAUUUGUACCCAGGUGGCCCUCUUUCAUGCUAUUAUGUCAACCUAGAGCGAACCUGGAGAUAAGGAGAGGCCUACCUUGGAAGAAAGACUUAUUCAGGGAGCAAGAUAGGACAUUCGUUUGCGGCUCCUUUCCACCCGUAAGUUUAAUUUUUGGAUCGAGGAACAUCGCUCCAGUUUACAACAUACUGCUGUUAGGGUUGGACUCCAUUUCUCAGCGAGCGGCUGCUCAGUAUUUGCCUAAAACAAUGCAGCUACUUGAUAGUUGGCCUAGUGCAUACACCAUGAAGUGGUAUAAUGUGAUUGGGGACGGAACAACGGCUAACCUCAUGGCGUUGCUUACUGGGCGAUUUGAGCAUGAGUUACCUGAGGCCCGAAAAUCACGAAUCCCACUACGUUCUAAUGGAUCAGUUCUCGACUCCUACCCGUGGAUAUGGAAGGAAUUCGAGCGGGCUGGUGGCUACGCAACUCAUAGCAUAGAGGAUUCCCCGAAAUGGGGCACAUUUCAAUUUCGUCUGACAGGUUUUGGUGCCAAGAAGACACCCACUCAUAGUUAUGGACGACCGUGCAUGUUGGCUGCUGCUCAAGAUGAACAACAGUACGGAAAGCAACUGGGAUGUACUACCUCAAGGUACACCCACCACGUGCUUCUGGAGUCUUUGCGCGAGUUCUUUCAUGCGUAUGCGGAUCAUCCAAAAUUCAGUCUGACAUUCAUGAGUGAGAUGAUCCAUGAGAAUCCAGCCUACGCUAUUCAUCUCGACGAAGACAUAAUGCAGUUGCUCAAACAAGUCCGUACGGAUGACGAGGAGACGAAUUCGUCCCGUAACCAGAAACCAUUUGCAAACACAAUUCUUAUUUUAUUCUCCGAUCAUGGACCGCGGAUGGGUGAAGCUCGGUUAUCAGUCCAGGGUAAACUUGACGAACGCCUCCCUCUGCUUAGCAUCAUGGUGCCCCGGCGACUGCGGCUAAGUUGGCCCGAUGCCGUGAAGCACUUAAAUGCCAACCAAGAUCGACUGGUCACGCUGUUCGAUGUGCACAGUACGCUGCAACACGUGCUGACCCAGCAAUACGGUCCUCGAUAUGGCGGUAAAAUGGCGCGAUCGACUCGUGGCUAUUCACUGUUUAGUGAAAUUAACUCCGACAGGACAUGUGCGCAGGCCUCGAUCGCGGCACACUGGUGUAGUUGCUUGGAGUGGAGACCGUUAUUACACAGUGAAGAAAACAUGUUGUACUUGAAGAGACGUAACGGACACCCACUUUCCACCGCGGCGAUCAACAUGACUGUAACUCAGUACUUAAAUGAACGAAUCCGUAUUUUACGGUCGCACAUUCAGGAAGGUUGGCCAACGUGUUCCGAUAUACAAGUGACAAAGGUGAGUCCUACUCAGUAUGAUUUUAAAUCUAUGAUCCGGUCUAUUUUUGAAGUGAAUUGCACCCUUUACUCAAUUACUGAUGCUGAUGGACACCAACUCCUCGUAGCGUGA